AUGUACUAAUUUCUUCUUGAAAACUUGCUCUUCCAUUCUUGAAUUGUCGUGGUGUUCCCUAGGCGGCGGUGGCGAGGCCGACCCAGCCGGUGCGACGUCUCCGGCGUCUCCGGCAGCGGCGGCGGCGGGUGGCGGCAACGCAGGCGUCGCCGGCGGUGCGGGCGGCGGUGGCGGCGCGGGCGGGGCCGGGGGCGCGUCCAACGAGUCGCGGCCCGACUUCAUCGAGAUCGACCACGCGCUGCUGACGGCGAAGGCGAAGACGGCGUCGCAGGAGGCGCCGGCGCUGACGGCGCUGACGUCGCUGACGUCGCGGCUGCCCGUGGCGCCGGCGGUGCCGCCCCCGCCCCGCCCCGGCCGCCCGCCGCCCCCGACGCCCCCGCGCGGCGCUCCCGCCGCCCGCGCCCACGCCCAACGACACCGACA